AUAACCUAUAAGAAAGCAUAAUACAUUAUAUUGUAUUAAAUUGUAUUCUCUACACAUAUUCUUAAAGCUAAUAUAAUAAAAACAUGUACAAGCGUUCGGUGACUGCUAGUGCCAUGAUAUUGGCAAGAAACUUAGGAUUUAUUAAGGAUCACGCGUUUGCGAGUGUGGGAAAUAAAAUGUUUGGCACGGCCGCACAAAAUUCGCGAUACAAACCGCUAAAUCCAAUAAAUACCAUCAUAAUGUUCGUCCCUCAACAACAGGCAUGGAUUGUAGAACGAAUGGGAAAGUUCCAUAAAAUUUUAGAACCAGGUCUGAACAUUUUGCUUCCUAUCAUUGAUAAAGUUAAGUAUGUACAAGUUUUGAAGGAAUUAGCGAUAGAUGUGCCACAACAAAGUGCAGUUACAUCAGAUAAUGUAACUCUAAGUAUCGAUGCAGUAUUGUACUUAAGAGUAACUGAUCCUUAUUUAGCAUCUUAUGGUGUUGAGGACGCAGAGUUUGCUGUAAUUCAAGUAGCCCAAACCACUAUGAGAUCUGAGUUAGGAAAGAUAUCUUUAGAUAAAGUAUUCCGGGAGAGGGAAGGGUUAAAUGUUUCUAUUGUUGAAAGUAUCAAUAAGGCCAGUAGCGCCUGGGGAAUAACAUGCCUGCGAUAUGAAAUACGUGAUAUUAAGUUGCCAUCAAGGGUGCAGGAAGCUAUGCAAAUGCAGGUGGAAGCUGAACGAAAGAAACGUGCCGCCAUAUUGGAAUCCGAAGGUGUUAGAGAGGCUGAAAUAAAUGUCGCUGAAGGCAAACGACUUGCACGAAUUUUAGCUUCAGAAGCAGCAAGGCAAGAGCAGAUAAAUAAUGCUACUGGAGAAGCUGCGGCAGUGGUGGCAGUGGCAGAGGCACGAGCGAAAGGAUUACAAGUGGUUGCAAAUGCCCUUGGUGUCGAGGACGCGAAAAACGCAGCAGCGCUCAGCGUAGCGGAACAAUAUGUCAAUGCAUUUAAUAAAUUAGCAAAAGUUAAUAAUACGUUGAUAUUGCCAAGCAACGUAGGAGAUGUUUCAACGUUUGUAGCACAGGCAAUGGCAAUUUAUAAACAAGUAAUGCCACAGCACAGUAGCAAUGAGCAAACGAAACAAAUAACGAAUAAUCAGUCGAAUGCUUCAGCUCAGAUGGAGGAUGCCGAUGAAACAUACGAGUAUUUUAGUGACAAAGAAGAAGCUGAAAAACACAGGAAGACAAAAAAACAAAAGCCUUGAAUAUUAUAAAUAUUUAUACCUAUAAUAAAAAAAUAUUUUCAUAUUUUUCAGAUGUUAUUAAAUUUCAUGAUGUAAAUAUUGCGACAUAUGAGCAUAAAAGAUUUACAAUCGA